AUGGCGGUGAGAUCCCGUGGCCGCAAGCUUUCCUUCGGCAUUCUUAGCGCCACCUCCUCGAUCUCCUUGGACGAUAACCUCGAAUCCAUUCUCUAUCGAUCCUCAUCCGAUCCUCUAACUUCCCAAAACGACGAUGCAUCGAGACUCUCAACGGCUGAGCCGAAACGGCGGAAACGCAAAUCCAAGAGCUCAAAGAAGAAGAAGAUGAUCGAAUGUUCGAUGCCGGAAGAUUCGAUACCUGAGAACGGCUCGUCGGAAUCGAAUUGCAAUAAUUUUAGUGUCCAGAGCACUCUGUGUGAGGAGGUCGCUCUGAGGGAAACGGAGUAUUGUAAUUGCGACGGCUAUGCGGUUGGGGAGUUGAGACAGAGGAGUGUAGGUGGAUGGAGUGAGGAGGCAGUGUCGCGAAUUGAUGAGAAUGCGAAGAAGGAGAGUGGCAGUACAGAUGUGGAUUCUGCAUCAAGGAAACAACCUCCGGAACCAAAUGGCAACGUCAUUGGGAAACUGGAAACUGUAGAGUCGUUGGAUUGGAAGCGAGUGAUGGCACAAGAUCCAAAUAAGAUUAGCUUUCUGUGCCUCAUUGAAUUCAAAGUUUGUGCUUUCAUACAUGAAGGUGGGAGGCUCAGGAUAAGACUUAUGGGACUAUCACUGGCUAGUGUAGAAGGCAGAUCCCAGUGCCAGAGUAUGUUGGGUCCAUUGGCAAUAGCAAUUAAAAAUUUAUUCUCUGUGGAGAAGUCUCCGAUGAGAUAUUUUCUGGAUGAAAUGUAUAGUGGACAUUCUUUGCGGAGCACAACUACCUGUGGCAAUGAUAAAGAACGCGAAAGAGUAUAUGACACGAUGUUCCGCUUACCAUGGCGAUGUGAACUGCUUAUAGAUGUUGGCUUCUUUGUUUGCUUGGAUACCUUUUUGUCAUUGUUAACAAUCAUGCCGACAAGGAUUGUCUUGACUUUUUGGAGGCUUGUGAAAAAAAGGCAGUUUGAGAGGCCUUCUGCAGUAGAGCUGUCUGAUUUUGGCUGUUUCAUUGUUGUGGCAUGCGGAGUUGCUCUUCUGCAACAAAUAGAUAUCAGCCUUAUAUAUCACAUGAUCCGUGGUCAAGGGACAAUCAAACUUUACGUGGUGUACAAUGUGUUGGAGAUCUUUGAUAAACUGUGCCAAAGCUUUGUUGGGGAUGUACUGCAAACACUAUUUAAUACUGCAGAAGGGCUUGGAAACUGUCCACCAGAAAACAUGAGAUACUGGUUCUGGAGAUUCAUAUCUGAUGAAGCAUUAACUGUGGUUUCGUCAAAUAUCCUUGCUUGA